AUGUUUCUCCUGAAUCCUGAAAAGGGCGUCGCCUCCGCCGAUCAAGCACCCGUGUUUUCUUUGAUUUCAUUUUCAUCUACCGUUAUACGCUCGCUUGUCGCUCUUUUGCUCCUCCCCCCACAAAACUCCAAAAAAGCCAAAGAACGAGAAAAGAUGUUCGCGAAAGUCUACACACUCACGCUCCUGGCCUCGCUCGUCGCCGCCCUCCAGAUCGCCCCGCUCCGGGACGCGCGGUCGCAGGGUGCUGUAAGAGUCACCUGGACCAACGACGCUGACGAUACAUCCCGCUUCGCCAGCUUCUCCGUCUUCCUCCACCACCCCUCCUUCCGCUCCGACUUCGCCAUCCUCAACAACCAGCGCCCCGCCGACGGCGGCGCAGACGUCACCCUCCCCGUCGUCCCUGCGCAGGACGGCUACACCCUCCGCGCGACCGACGUCGGCAACAUCAACAACGAGUUUGCGGUCUCCUCCCCCUUCUCCAUCGGCCCCGAGGCGUCUUCCUCGUCCACCAUCGCCUCGUCCACCUCCUCAUCAGUAUCUGGAUCGGGGAGCAGCACGGGCACGGCGGCUGUGACGCUGAGUUCGGGGAGUGGGACGGUCCUCUCGGUCCCCCCGACCUCGGCGUUUGGCGUCACGGUCAGUUCGUCGCCGACUGCUUCGUCGCCCGCUGCCGGUGCGUCGAGCGGAAGUGGGAGUGGGAGCGGGACGAACACGGCUGCGCAAGGUGGGGCGACGAACUUUAAUGGCGGGGAGAAGAUGGGGAUGGGGGUGAAGGGCUGGGCUAUGGGGGCUGCUGUUAUGGGCCUCGGGUGGGUCGUUGGGGGAUACUAA